AUGGCCGAUGAAAGCCCCCCGCUGUCAAGCAGCAUCCUCUGGCAAAACGAUAACAAAUCAGUGGUUCUGCUCGACUUGCCGCGGUCCAUCGAAGAGGCCCAGGUCCUCCCAAGUCAGCUGACCGCCAUCAGCAGGCUGCCCACCGCAUCUGCCAAGGACAACCCGGAUCUGGACAACCCGGAUCUGGACAACCCCGGACGACAACGCAAACUCCGCCGAUUGAUCUCGGCGCCACCCCCGACAUGUCCGUUCCCGACACCGGAACCCAAGGCGGGGCGGUUUUCCGAACCGCCUGUCGCAUCGCCCUCGGCGCAAGUGGCCGAGCUGAUGACUCAAGCGACGGUCGAGUCGGCGCUGGAUGAGAUCAAGCAGUCGUCGUAUAGUGGACCGUGGUGUUUACCACGGGUGUAUGCCAAGAACCCGCCCACCCCAUCCUCAGUGGUCCCGGACGACCCUCCUACAAAGGAAAAAGAGACAUCGUACCAUCUCCCCGAAAACGCCCACGCCCUCCCCGGCACCAUAACCUCCCAACGCACCACCUUCCUCAAAACCACCCGCCCCAACCAAUUCCACCUCAUCCUCCUCGACCCGCCCUGGCCCAACCGUUCCGCCAAGCGCAAGCGCGCCUACCGCACCGCUCCCUUCUCUUCUUCUUCUCCCCUUUCCUCCCUUCCCUCCUCUCACUUGCAUACCCCGCCGUCGUCUCCUACUCCCGCCGAAGAGUCCUCCCCCAUCGAAAUAUCAACCCUCCUCCACCAAAUCCCCAUCGCCUCGCGUCUCGCGCCGGGCGGGUUAGUCGCCGUGUGGGUGACCAAUGCUGCGCGGACGGCUGAGCUGUUGACUCAGGGGGGCCAUGGUGGUGUGUUUGCUGCGUGGGGCGUGGAAGUGGUGGGGGAGUGGAUUUGGUUGAAGGUUACGGCGGGGGGUGAGCCGGUGGUAGGGGUUGAUUCGGAGUGGAGGAAGCCUUGGGAGAGGUUGAUUAUUGCGAGGAGGAAGGGGGAAGUGACCGGGAGUAGUAGUGGUGUUGCUGGUGAUGGGCCGGUGCCUGGGAAGGUGAUUGUUUCGGUGCCGGAUGUGCACUCGCGUAAGCCGAAUUUGAGAGGGUUGUUUGAGGAGCUUUUGCCGGAGCGGUAUGAGGCGCUUGAGGUGUUUGCGCGGAAUUUGACGGCUGGGUGGUGGGCUUGGGGGGACGAGGCUUUGCUGUUUCAGAGGAGGGAGUGCUGGGAAGAUGAAGAGGGGGGCGAGUGA